CAACUAGAGAAGAACUUGGGUUGAAAAGCAGCAGCAAAGGUUGGCAUCGACCAGGCUCUCCUUUGAUAUUCCGCAGAAGAUCCUGAUGGAGGCCGCAGGUACCCAGAGAGAGGAGCUGGUGGAAGAUGGUGUGGGUGAUGCUCAGCAUCUCGAUUUCUUCAAGAUUAUGGCAGAGUGUAGGCACAUGCAAAAACAGCUGGAUAUACAAAAUGGUAGCUUAGAGGAAGGCUUUGUGGUGAAUUCCCUGGAGAACCAUCCCCCAGACAUGAUGGAGAGCCUAAAUUCAAAGAAGUACUCUUCCAGUCUGAAAUUUAAAGCCAAUGGAGACUAUUCUGGCUCCUAUUUAACCCUUUCACAACCUGUGCCUGCUAAAAGAAGCCCUUCCCCUUUGGGCACCAGUGUCAGAAGCAGCCCCUCUUUAACCAAAAUCCAUGGAAGCAAGCAGUUCUCCUGUGAUGGAAAUGACAAAAAUAUUUCCACAAAACCCCCCACUCCUUCACUCAACACUGCACACUCUCUUGGUGGAUACCCACUCGCGAGAGCAGAUUUUGAUCAUUAUAGUGGUCGGGACAGUGAAAGGUCCUUGAGACUCUCAGAGAAGCUUCCUUAUUCCAAAUACAACUCAAGAAAUAAAUCACAUGACAGUGUCUACUUUCUUGGAGGAUUAGAAGGAAGAAAGGUAUCUGGUUCACUCCUGACCAUGUGGAAUGGAAAUACCCUUAGUGACUCUAGCCACUCUCCCAUCAGCAGAUCGGGGGCAGCAAGCAUGCCUUCAAGCCCAAAGCAGGCCAGGAAAAUGAGCAUCCAGGACAACCUGACUCUGCAACCCAAGGUAACCAGACACAAGGACCCCGUAUCUGAAAGCAUCAGUUUAAGAACUAGGAAGUAUUCAGCCGGCAGCCUGAGUCACAUGGGAGCCUAUAGCCGAUCGCUUCCCAGGCUGUACAAAGCCACAGAGAACCAGCUGACACCUCUCAGCUUGCCUCCAAGAAACUCUCUGGGCAACUCCAAAAGAACCAGGCUGGGGGAAAAGGAUCUACCUCAUAGCGUCAUAGACAAUGACAAUUACCUUAAUUUUUCCUCUCUAAGCUCAGGGGCUUUACCCUAUAAAACCUCUGCAUCGGAGGGUGGUCCUUAUGUGAGUUCCACCCUCAGUGUUCCUGCCAGUCCUCGAGUGGCUCGGAAGAUGCUUCUGGCCUCCACCUCCUCCUGUGCCUCUGAUGACUUUGAUAGGGCUUCCUAUUCAGGGACAAGUCACCCAUUUUCUGCUGGAGAACCAGACAGAGUGUUUGCAGCCAGGAGGAACUUCUCGUGUGGCUCUGUGGAGUUUGAUGAUGCUGAUUUGGACAGCCUCAGACAGGCCUCAGGAACCCCCCAGCCUGUCCUUCGGGAACGGAAAAGCAGCAUUAGCUCCAUUACAGGACGGGAUGACCUGAUGGAUUAUCACCGGCGGCAGAGAGAGGAAAGACUUAGGGAGCAGGAGAUGGAGCGAUUGGAGAGACAGCGUCUGGAGACCAUCCUCAGUCUCUGCGCCGAGUACACCAAGCCUGAUGGCCGCCUGUCCACGGGCACUACCGUGGCAGAUGUGCAGAAAAUCAACAAGGAACUGGAGAAGCUGCAGCUCUCUGAUGAGGAGUCUGUGUUUGAAGAGGCCCUGGGCUGCCCUGACGCAAGGUACCGGUGCCAUGAGAAGGGCUCGCUCCACGAUGCUGACCUGGCGCGCUGUGGAAGCCUCAGUCAGAGCAGUGCCAGCCUUAUCGCCACCAGGAGCAUCAGGAACGAUGACCUGCUCAGUGACCUCACCAGGACCCCACCACCAUCCACCUCUAGCUUUCUAAAAGCUGCCAGCGAGUCCUCUUACCUAAGCAUCCUACCAAAGACCCCAGAAGGCAUAAGUGAGGAGCAGCGGGCUCAGGAAUUGGCUGCAAUGGAGAAUACCCGGAUAGUAAUUCUGAACAACCUUGAAGAGCUUGAACAAAAAAUCAAAGAUAUAAAUGACCAGAUGGAUGAAUCUUCCAGAGAGUUGGAUAUGGAAUGUGCCCUUUUGGACGGGGAACAGAAAUCUGAGACAACUGAACUAAUGAAGGAGAAGGAGAUUUUGGAUCAUCUAAACCGGAAAAUAGCAGAACUGGAAAAGAACAUUGUUGGUGAAAAGACCAAGGAGAAGGUAAAGCUUGAUGCUGAAAGGGAAAAACUAGAGAGGCUUCAGGAGCUUUACUCCGAGCAGAAGACCCAGCUGGACAAUUGUCCUGAGUCCAUGAGGGAACAGUUACAGCAACAACUGAAGAGGGAUGCCGACCUGUUGGAUGUUGAAAGCAAACAUUUUGAAGAUCUGGAAUUCCAGCAGCUUGAACACGAGAGCCGUCUAGAUGAGGAAAAGGAGAACUUGACUCAGCAGCUCCUGCGUGAAGUGGCUGAAUACCAGCGAAACAUCGUCACUAGAAAGGAGAAAAUUUCUGCAUUGAAAAAGCAAGCCAGUCAUAUUGUUCAGCAGGCUCAGAGAGAACAAGAUCACUUUGUGAAAGAAAAGAAUAACUUAAUAAUGAUGCUACAAAGAGAAAAGGAGAAUCUUUGUAAUCUGGAAAAGAAAUACUUCAGCCUCUCAGGGGGGAAAGGGUUUCCUGUUAACCCCAGUACUUUAAAGGAGGGCUAUCUCAGUGUAAAUGAAUUUAAUGAGCCAUGUGGCCCUUCCACGAAUCUCUCCCCUUCCACUCAGUUCCCCGCUGAUGCUGACGCUGCUGUCACUGAGCCUGCCUCAGCUGUGCCGGUGAGCCAGCCACAGAGUCCAGAGCAAAGAUCACCUGUCUGUUCUGGAUUUAUGUUUCCUUCCAUCCUUUCUCUUCAUCCUGUCACUCAACCUGCGUCAGCCCCUUGGCUGGAAGUCAUGGCUACAUCUAUUGAUUCUUUCCCUCUAAAUGAUACACCUCCUCCUCUACCAGCUAAGAAACACAGAAGGCAACAGCAGCAGGAGCAACAGCACUUUAGAAGUCUGGAAGAAAGGAAAAAACAGCAUAAAGAAGGCCUCUAUCUGAGUGACACUUUGCCUCGAAAGAAAACCACACCUUCCAUCUCCCCACAUUUCAGCAGUGCCACAUUGGGGAGAAGCACCGCCCCAAAGGGUCACUUGCCUCUGGGACAGAGCAACAGCUGUGGCAGUGUGCUUCCUCACUCGCUGGCAACCAUGACCAAAGACUCGGAAUCUCGGAGGGUGCUCAGAGGUUAUAAUCACCCACAGAUGAGUGAAGGACAAAGACAGAAAUCUGAAUUUUACAACCGCACAGCGUCAGAAUCAAACGUCUAUUUGAAUAGUUUCCAUUACCCUGAUCGUAGCUACAAGGACCAGGCCUUUGAUACUUUGAGCCUGGACAGCUCUGACAGCAUGGAAACCAGCAUCUCUGCCUGCUCACCCGACAAUAUCUCUAGCGCCAGCACUUCCAAUAUUGCCAGGAUAGAAGAAAUGGAGAGGCUGCUGAAACAGGCUCAUGCUGAAAAGAACCGACUGCUUGAAUCCAGGGAACGAGAAAUGGAAGCCAAAAGACGAGCUCUGGAAGAAGAAAAGCGUCGCCGAGAAGUUUUGGAAAAACGAUUGCAAGAAGAAACUAGCCAGAGGCAGAAGUUAAUAGAAAAGGAAGUAAAAAUAAGGGAGAAACAAAGAGCACAGGCUCGCCCUUUGACGCGCUAUUUGCCUGUCCGGAAGGAGGACUUUGAUUUGCGGAGCCAUGUAGAGACCGCCGGCCACAAUAUUGAUACCUGUUAUCACGUAUCAAUCACAGAGAAGACUUGCCGAGGUUUCCUCAUCAAAAUGGGUGGAAAAAUUAAAACUUGGAAAAAACGCUGGUUUGUUUUUGAUCGCAAUAAACGCACAUUUUCUUAUUAUGCAGAUAAACAUGAAGCAAAAUUAAAAGGAGUAAUAUACUUUCAAGCCAUUGAAGAAGUAUAUUAUGAUCACCUCAAGAAUGCUAAUAAGAGCCCUAAUCCGUUACUCACUUUUAGUGUCAAGACACAUGACAGAAUCUAUUACAUGGUGGCCCCCUCACCGGAAGCCAUGCGUAUCUGGAUGGAUGUUAUAGUCACCGGGGCAGAGGGUUACACCCACUUCUUGUUGUAGUGAGUGGAAGCGACAGUCCACUCCAGGGCAGACUGCAAUAACCUCUUACAAGAAUGAAGCCAUAUUCAAUCCCAGACGCAAAGACCCAACAGAUCAACCUCCUAACUGUAUGCACUCAGAACUCCUUUCCUACUAAGAAGUUGUUUGUAAAGACAAACCAAAAAGGAAAGAAAAUAGGAGUUUUAAUUCAAAGCUGGAUCAUAAAUGUCAAAAGAAGUGAAGCUCUACAAGAAACACUAUUUUGAUAAAUAUCACUAAAAGAACAUUUCGUAUAAACUUCUAUCAGUUGUUUUUUGAUGAAAUAAACUAAACAGUUUACACAAUGUCUGUAUAUGUGUACUUGCAACUAUAGAAUUACUGUAGCACCCAAAUUGUUGCCAUUUGGCUUUUUUUUUUUUUUUUUUUGGAGAUACCAUUUAA